GAGUUUUUUUCGACAUGUCUAAGGUGUCAUUUCCUGCAUGGGCGGAGUAAAAACCCUACUUCCCCAGCAGCGCUCAUGGACUGACCACAAAGCCCAUCAUGACUGCCAUAGAUGUUUUUCUCCUGGCCUUCUUCCUACCUUCGCUUGGGGCAUCCGAGCGACUGGACUCGGGGAUCGUCAAUGGCAGGGCGGCGAGGCCACAUUCCAGACCCUACAUGGCCUCCGUGCAGCAAGACGACAACCACAUCUGCGGGGGCUUCCUCGUGUCCGAGUCCUUCGUGAUGACGGCGGCACACUGCUCCACGUGGGGAAAGAAUCUAACUGUCCUGCUCGGGACUCAAGACCUUCGGAAGAAGCAGGGAUCUGUCAGGAUUCGAGUGAAGUUUUACCACUUCUACCCUGGUUAUGACGAUGUAUUGUUACGUAAUGACAUUUUGCUAUUACAGCUGGAGGAACCAGCUCGGGGCGGCACAAUCCAGAAGAUUGCUCUACCCAAGAAAGACAGGGAUGUCAAGCCAAAGACCCUUUGCAGCGUUGCCGGAUGGGGCAAAACCAAAGACCGUGGACCGGUGCAACAGCACCUCAUGGAGGCUAACGUGACCGCCGUGGACCGGAAAGUGUGCAAAACGGCAUGGGGGGCGCGUGUUACGGCAAACAUGCUGUGCGCCGGGGGAAGCGUGGACCGGAAAGGAUUUUGUAAGGGAGAUUCGGGAGGUCCGCUGGUGUGUAAGAACGCAGCGGAAGGAAUCGUGUCCUUCUUCGAGAAAGGAGAGUGCGGCUCACCGACGAAACCCAACGUCUACACUCAGGUGUCCAGAUACUUGCCGUGGAUCAAGAGCAUCAUGAAAAAACAUCGGGCUCGUCCUCCCGACACCAUGCCGAAGCUCCCCGUGAUCCUCCUCUUAGCUCUUGUGCCUUUUCUGGCACAUGCCGCUUCCUUCGGCGGAGAGAUUGUCCACGGGAAAAAGGCGGCGAAGAAUUUCCUGCGGUUCAUGGCCUCUGUGCAGCGGGAAGGGAAACACGUAUGCGGAGGGUUUCUCAUAUCCCCAAAAUUUGUGCUCACCGCCGCGCACUGCGACAAGGGAGGUAACAUGACUGUAGUUCUUGGCACUCAUAACUUAAAGAUGGAGAGGAAUAUUCAAAUAUUUAGGGUGGUACGAAAAUAUAGACACCCGAAAUAUGAAGACGUGCUCUCUGGAAAUGAUAUUAUGCUUCUACAGCUUUCCAAGCCGGUUCCGUUAAGCAAGACGGUAAAGAAAGUGAAUAUUCCGGUGAAAGACAAAGCCGUUAAAGCAGACAGCGCGUGUGUUGUGGCCGGAUGGGGCAAAAACGAAACGAGAGGGCGGAAAGUGGCAGACCUGCUCUUCGCAACGGUGAAGACCAUCGGCUCGAAAGAAUGUCAGAGGGCGUGGGACGCCGUCAAGGUGAAACUUCCGGCCGAUACGAUCUGUGCCGGAGGAUACGAGUCAAACAAAGGGGCCUGCCAGGGGGACUCGGGGGGCCCGCUGGUGUGCAGCGGUCUGGCGGUGGGUAUUGUCUCAUUCAACCUCCUCGGAAACUGCGACUACCCAAAUGUGCCCAACGUUUACACCCAGAUCUCCAAGUUCCUGCCCUGGAUAAAGAAGACCACAAAGAGCACUUUUUAGCUGUACCAUUUGUAUUC